CGCAAGCGAGGGCAGAUAAACUGCCUGCCCACCUCGGAGAGCGUGUUUGCCGGGUGCAUAGCUAGUGUAGCCGACCAUGCCAAAGUAACCGAGGAUAGAGGACACAAGGACAAUCUUCCCCUUGACUUUCUCUCGCACCAUACGCUUCACGCCGGCCUACUUAAUGUAAGCUGAUGAUAUGGGGGGAAUAGAGGAUACAUACAUGUGCGGUCCAUGCCUGAAUCCAGUACGCGUUGUCCAUGGACUGGCGUAGCGUCUCUUCUGUCUCCUCUAUAAAGAAGCGUGGGGCGGACGCGCCGGCACACAGGAAGAGCGCGUCGGGGCAGCGCCCUCCAUAUAAUGCAGCAGCCUCAUCGAGAGCCUGUUCUGACUCUUUGGCGGAAGUAAGGGAGUGUGAGAGCCAGUGGAUCUUUUGCUCGGGACGUUGCUUCGAUUUCUGGAGAUUGCGAGACGGUCAGCAUUCGUGUGAGCAGGGGAAGAGUAUCGCGUACCUCCAACUCAGCAGCGGCCUCCUUGAGGUUGUCAACACCGCGAGCGACGAUAGUCACGUCGGCGCCCUUCUGUACAAGAAUUCUGGCCGUCUCAAGUCCCAGGCCCUGCGAGCCGCCGGUCACGUAGCAGUGCUACAAGCUCAUUGGCAGAUAUGCAUCGCGGGGGAGCGGUCACGCACCAAGCCCUUGGGAUCCCACUUCUUCCUGAAGAACAUGCUCAUCGUCGCGUACGCACCCAAGGCAGCGAUGAGGGUAUAAAGCCAAGUGAGCAUCCCCUGAAUGAUGGCGGUCGACACAAGUGUCAAGUGCUUGACCUCGCUCGACGCGCGCCUCGCGGCACUCGCGGACCGGAAGAGGGGAG